GUAACACAAUGUGAGCAUGCGCGAUGAUCAGGAGCUAACAGCUACGGUUUCAAUUUACAGUUUUUGAGCUUACUUUUAUUUCUAAAUGCAGSAAAUGGUYUGGAUUGUUUGGGUUAAAUGAAUAUUAUAUACAUUUUAUCUAUAUUUUGAAGCWUUGUGUGUCGUUUCAAGGGUUUUAAAUAACACUGUCUGCUUAUUGCGUGUCAUUAGCAUUUUUGGUUGUUAGCCUCAACUGCUCAAAACAAUCCCCUGUCUGUUUUCGACUUAAUGUCACUUAUGUUUAUGAACGAUUACCUCUCUUAGACGUUUUUAAGCUCAUACGGCUAGUGAUAACCGUCGCCUGGAGGGUUUGAGUUGUGAAAAAUGUGACUGCGUGUGGUGAGAGGAACAGGAUGGACAGGGACUUGUUGCGGCAGUGUCUGGUCCAUCACGGAGAGACGCUGUUCAACAAACUGAAAUGUGAGCAAACUGAAAACCCAGACUUCCAGGCGGUGGUGACUGACCUGUGCAAAGCCACGUAUGACGGAAGCAGAGGUGAUGAACAUGCCAGUCCACUGGUGGAGCAGUUCAUCGCCAGGAAGGCUGACAUUCUCUUCUGCCCGGCGUGGAAGACGGCCAACCCGCCACCGCAGGACGACGAAGAGGANGAGGACGGAGAGCCUUAUGCCAUCAUGCCGCCCGUGGAGUUAUUCAUGGAGCUGCCGUAUGAGGAGAGAAGAUCCAUGAUGUACAGGGACUUGGAGAGAGGAGACAUCGUGGUGGGACGCAUCAACAACAUUCGAGAAUACGGCUUCUUUCUCACACUGCUGUGCAUGGCAGGAGGCCUGAAGAGAGACAUAGAGGACCUGGAACUUUCUGCUCUCUGCCAUGUCAAGGAAAUUCCCUCCACCAGCAGCCAUGAUGAUCCUCUCUCCUACUAUCAGAUCGGAGACUUGAUUAAAGCCGGAGUGAAAGACAUCGAUCGGUUCCAGGAGAAGAUCACAGUGUCGCUCCACCAGGCCUCGCUUUCCCCUAACCUGGUUCACAUCAAGCUGGGAGUCAUAACCAGAGAAGAUCUGCCCRUACACUACAGUCGUAGCGUUCGCGCCGCCGCCGACUCCACCGAGACGUACGAACGAAUCCUGACCAGGUGCCACGGCUACGAAAACCCGUCUGUGGUGGAGUAUCUGCUGCAGAAGGUGGGAAUCAGCGACACCAACCCCCCGUCGAUGAUGAGAGGGUUACAGUGUAAACUUUUCCAGGAGGAGGAUUUUGCUUCUGCAAUCAGAAAGAAGCAGUCUGCAUCCUGGGCCCUGAAGUGCGUUCGCGCAGGUGUGGACCACUUCAAACAUGGCCGCCACGUGGAGGCCAUGAACGAAUACAACAAAGCUCUGGAAAUCGACACCAACAACGUGGAAGCGCUGGUGGCUCGGGGAGCUCUAUAUGCUAACAAAGGCAGCAUCGUGAAGGCCAUCUCGGACUUUGAGCUGGCUCUGGAAAACUGUCCGGAUCACCGCAAUGCCAAGAAGUAUCUCUGCCAGACUCUGGUGGAGCGAGGAAAACAACUGGAGGAGCAGGAGAAACUGGUGACGGCGGAGGGAUUGUACCGCAGAGCGUUGGCUCUCGAUGACGCCAACCUGGAGGCCACAGAGGCGCUGAGCAGCAUCAAUGACACCAUCCAGAAAUCGAUUCGCUUGCGAGAAGAAGCUCUUGCUAAGGAGGAAGUCAAAGCGACGAGCAGCCAGACCAGCGCUGAGAAAUUACGUAAGAUCUUAAAAGAGGAGAAAAGGGCAAAGAAGAAACGCAAGCGAUCCACUUCCUCCUCUUCAUCCUCCUCCAGCAGCAGUAGUUCCUCUUCCUCGUCGUCUUCCUCGUCCCGCAGGAGGUCCAAGAAGAAAAAGAAAAAGCGGAAAAAGUCCGGGCGAGGAAGAAGCAAGCACCGCCGGAGGAAGAGUGAGGAGGGUAAGAGCGGGAAAGGCAGGAUGGAGAAAGAGGAGGAGGAGGAGCUGGAGUGGUUUCCUGCGCCUCCCAACACCUCCGCCACUUUUCUCAACCAAAAGGGCGGCUUGGUGUUUGGAGGGGCGGAGGAGGACGGGGUGGGGGGCGACGGGAAAAUCAGCCGGCUGUAUUCUCUGGAAGCAGCUUCAGAGGAGGAAGAGUCGGAUUCUUCCCACAGACAGGGCAAGAGGAGGGACAGAGCGGAUAGCGGGGCGAAUAAACGGAAAACCAGCAGGAGCCCGAAGAGAGACAGCAGGACAGAGAGCAGGGAAAGAUGGAGGGAGGAGAGCAGAGCAGGAAGGAGAGAAAGAAGCAGCGUGAAGGAGAAUCACGCCAGGAAACUGUCCAGCUCCUCAGCUGAGCUGGAGUAUUCCCGGAAACCGGAAUAUUCCGGAAGGAACAGGAUUAGACACGACUCCUCUACCAGGAGCUCCUGUGAUGGYGGUAGGUACGAGAGCAAGGAAGAGACGGAGAGAGAGAGACCGUCGGAUCCAGAACAGAGUAAAAACCCAGAGAGUUCUGGAGAUCAGAACGGCCAGGGAGACGGCAGGAACAGGAAGAACCUGCCGUCCAGCCUGCUGGACAUCUUCCACCAGAUCGCUCAGUUCGAGAAGGAAAAGGGGGGGAAAGCAAAAAAAUGAGAGUCCGCCACCAAACCCAGAACUACGACGGCGAAUCGGGCCGUUGGAGAUGUAUAUGCAUGAAAAGGAGCAAAUUUCUGCCAAUAAAUAUGAGCAGGAAAAAAUUAAUAUCCAAAAACAGAAAUUUAGUGGUUAAUCUCAGAAAUUUACUAGAAUAAAUUAGAAAUUUCUGAGCUUCAGCAGGUAAGAAUCUGCAUGAAAAGAGAAAAUUUGAGUAAUUUCACAUAUUUUCUAGAAGAAACAUGGAAAUCACCCUGACAUUUUUAGACUUUUUGAAGUUUUCUGUUUAAAAAGGGAAAAAUGUUCAUUUCUAUUUUAUUUUAUGUUUUUCAGAAAAUUUCUGGGAUUCAUUAAAAGAUUUCGGCGUUUUUUUCUCCUCAUUUGACUUUUUAAGCUCAGAUUCACUUUUCGUUUUAGAACAUUUCUGAGAUUCAUCUCAAAAUGUCUGAGUUUUUAUUGCAAAUUUCUAACUUUGAGCUCAGAAAUUAGU